GACAACACUUUGACGGCAACGGCCGAUGUCGGCGGCAGCAGCGAAGCCGACUGCAUUUGCAGCGCGGGUUUUUUCAGAGAGCAAGUCGCAGGGUGCAUCCCUUGCCGUGGUGGUUACUACAAGCCUAAUGAUGGAGACCAGGAUGGUGCGAACGUGCAGUUCUGGUUUCAACGUGAAGUUGCGGACUGCCGCAACAGCUGCCCAACCAACGGGGACAGCAAGGAAGGAGCCGUGGAUGUCGGAGACUGUUAUUAUCUUAUCGUAUCACCAUGCAAGGCACUGGUGCACAUCGACAGCCUGUUGCGGAGUUGCUCGGAUGCAUCGUUUUCUUCCUGGGAGGUGAAUCUGUCUGCCUUGGAGGACACCGUGCAUGGGCAACUCUUCGGCAUGCGUAAGUACCCAGAUGCCUGCUCGGAAUGCCGUUCAUCAUUCAGCUGGAUGGGAUUGGUUGUCUUCACGGACAUCGCUCAAAACAUCCUCAUUAACUUCGCCGUGGCCUCCUUGGCCGCCAUGGCAGCGGCGACUUUGGCUGCGAUGACGUCAAUCUUUCCCUUACGUUUUGAUAUGUUAGAUGAUAGAUGUUAG